AUGUCAGUACAGCCCUCGGAAAUAUGUGCUCGGACACUAGAAGAGAUUCAGAAAUUGCUGAUCAACCAAGAUCAGGACACCAACGGCGUGACAGGCAACACUCUUGUACCGAAUGACUGCAAGGAACUGGUUGAAGCCGACGUGAUGGAUGCUCGAAGCGAUGAAGAGCAGAAGUCUCUAUGUGGCAAUUCAUGCUACGACACGCUCAACGCCAAGUACAAGAUCAUGCUGGACAACGACUGCUACGCAAGUGAUGACGCCGACGAAGAGGCCAGUGGGAAACUCCAAGCUGCCGCGUACCAAAUCGCCUGCCAGACUAAUGUCGAUGGCAAAUACUGCAUUCCGAUGCUUGGUGAGUUGGUAAAAGAAGCCGGAACGACCUUCUCCCUCUGCGACGACAUCGUGUCGGAGCUUGGCUGCUGUUUCCAGAGUUAUCGGCAGUACAUGCUACUUGGCACUGCUGCGAGUGUCAUCGCCAUGGACGAAGCUCAAAAAGAAUGCACAGACGACGGCGUCGGAGACGACGGCGUCGGAGGUCUGGACCAAAUGUGUCCGUGCUCAUACAACCAACACGCCUUCACCAACACCACAUUCUGCUCACACGCAACUCAAACAUAUCCACUUCUCACCAUGAUAGCCAUCUCUAUAAUAAUGCUAGUCACAAACUAA